UUACCAUUUACUUUCAUAUGUCAUACAAAUUGUUACUCUUUCUAGACCAAUCUAAUUGUUGGUGAUUUUUAAUUGUGUAAAUUAUUUGUGUUAUUCUUUUUUGAGUUAAUUCGAUUCAUUUGAUAAAAUGGGGACUCCUAUUGUUCCAGCGAAAUUGAAUAGUCUUCAGAUUAAAGAGAUGAUGGAAAAUGCCCAGCGUCAAAUUGAAAUGAAAAAGAAGCAAAUUGCUGAGAAACAGAGGUUACUUGCAGCUCAAGCUUCUAAUGGAGCAAAUUCUGUUCCAUCAACAUCUUCAUCAAAUAAUCCUCCUUCUCUUACACCAGCUGAACUUACUAGAGCUCAAAUACAGGCCAGGCUUGAGAUGGCAACUGCUGAAUUAAGAAGAAAUCCUGCUUUGGCUUUAUCACUAUCAAAUCGUGCCGCUACUGCCAGUACUUCCUCGAACGAUUCAUCUAAACAAAAUUCCAAACCAGCUCCCCUGAUAUUAGACCAUGAAGGUAGAACAGUUGAUAGUAGCGGUAGAGAGGUUACAUUAGUCCAGCGUUUACCUACUUUAAAAGCAAAUAUUCGAGCUCAAAAGCGCGAGCAAUUCAAGGUAACAAACCAAGAGAAGCCUACAAAUGAUGAUGUUCAAAGUAAAUUUUUUGACCCUCGUGUUGAAGUUAAGCCUGUUACUAGGGUGAAGCGAAACUUUAAAUUUUACGACAAAGGUACUUUUGAAAUAGUUGGUGAAAAGGUUCGGACUAAGGCUAAAUUAGAGUCUCUACAAAAACAAAUAGCUCAAGCUGCUGUUAAAACCGGCAUUUCAUCUGCUGCUCGACUUGCUGUUUUAAGCUCUAUUGUACCAAAGAAGGAAAUCAAGGAAGAUGAUAUACCUGAUGUCGAAUGGUGGGACAGUUUUGUUAUAACAGAUAAUAGCUAUGAAGAAUCAGUUAAUUGUGACAAACCAUUAGAAGAAAAAUAUGAAGGAAUAACUCAUCUUAUAGAACAUCCAAUGCAAAUAAAACCAUUAGGAGCAACAGACAAACCAAUGGCCUUACCAGUGUUUUUAACGAAAGCAGAACAUAAAAAGUUACGUCGACAAAAUCGCCGAGAAACCUGGAAAGAGAAACAAGAAAAGAUCAGAUUAGGAUUGGAACCACCGCCCGAGCCAAAAGUGAAAAUGUCCAAUAUGAUGAGAGUUCUAGGUGAUCAAGCCAUCAAAGAUCCAACCAAGGUUGAAUCUCAAGUGAAAGAAAGUAUGGCCAAACGGCAGAAAACCCAUGAAGAAGCAAAUGCUUCAAGGAAAUUAACAGCUGAUCAGAAGAAACAAAAGAAAAUUAAAAAAGUUAAAGAAGAUACAAGCUUAGGAGUUCAUGUAACGGUUUAUCGUAUUCUCAAUUUUUCCGAUCCGAAGAGAAAGUUUAAAGUCGAAACCAACGCUAAACAGUUACAAAUGACGGGAAUUGUUGUUACAUUUAAAAACGUGAACGUUGUCAUUGUCGAAGGUGGACCAAAGCAGCAAAUUAAAUUCGAAAAAUUAAUGAUGAGAAGAAUCGAUUGGAAUGAAGAUACCGGAUUUAAAGAUAAAUAUGUUACCGGGGAAAAAGUGGAAAAUAAAUGUUUCCUCGUUUGGAAAGGAUUAGCCAAGAAUCGAGCCUUCAAUGAUUUUCGAUUUAAAAACGCUCCAAACGAAAGUUACGCUCGAGAAUUAUUGAAAAAUCAUCACGUUGAACACUAUUGGGAUCUAGCCUAUAGUCUAUCAAUUUUAGAUAAUUAAUUUAGACAAAAUAUAAACUGAAUUGUAAAAAAAUAUCAAACAAUUAUCUUGGACAAGGAUUCGAACCAAAUAUCAACAAAUUGUAUACAAAUCGAUUUUAUCGAAUCACCAAGCUGAUCUUUCGAGUUCUAUCGAAAUGUAAACUCUCUUUUCUCUUUCUAUUUCAUUGUUUCAUCAAAUCUCAUAUUUUGUUAUUAACAAUUAAUUAAUAAUGAACACGAUUAAUUUAAAAAUUA